AUGCUUCUAUGCAGAGUAUGCAUGUGUGGUCUACCAGUCAUGAAACGAAUUCUUCUGUUUUUUAUCCUGGCUGCUGCUGUUAUGUAUGGUAUACUGCAUGGAAAUCUGUGGAGAAAUAACCUCUACUGGAUUAGCUUUUAUGGACAGACUUCCUCUGUGAGGGCUUCUCCUUCCUAUGAGACUAGUGGAGUUACCCAGCUGCCACCUACGGCUGUGGAGAGAAGGGAUGCGCUGGAUACUUGUGUCCUGAAACCAGCAUUUGAAUCUUUACUGGGUGUUGACAAAAUAUACCCGUUCCUGUGUGCUAAUGAUUUUAUCAGAGUGGCGGAGUUCCACGGGAGUGAUAAGUUUGAACUACCUUAUGGAAUAAAGAGAACAGAGCAAUUCUUUCGUUUAGCCCUUUCAAGACUGCAGAACUGUGGACUUUUCAAUGAAGAUGACAGCAUUGCCUGUCGCCGGUGUGUUGUGGUUGGUAAUGGAGGAGUACUUCGAAAUAAGACAUUAGGGGAGAAAAUUGACUCGUAUGACGUGAUUAUAAGAAUGAAUAACGGCCCUGUUAUAGGGUAUGAAGAUGAUGUUGGGAGGAGGACGACCUUUCGCCUUUCUUACCCGGAAUCCAUCUUCUCAGAUCCGAUCCACUAUGACCCUAAUACGACUGUUGUUCUUAUUGUCUUCAAACCACGUGACUUGAAGUGGCUCUGGGAGAUACUGGGUGGUCAGAAAGUAAGUGCUAAAGGCUUUUGGAAGAAGCCGGCUCUGAACAUGAUAUACAAAUCUAGUCAAAUCAGGAUUCUUGAUCCCAGCAUCACCAGAAAAACUGCUUAUGAAUGGCUUCGUUUCCCAACAAGGUUUCCCAAGAAGGAGAAACCCAAGCAUCCAACAACCGGGCUAAUUGCCAUUACGCUAGCAUUUCACAUAUGCAAUGAAGUUCACCUGGCAGGCUUCAAGUACGAUUUCACUGACAGAAACAGUUCUUUGCACUACUACGGCAAUGACACAAUGUCUCAGAUGAUGCAGAAUGAAUACCACAACAUCAAUGCUGAGCAGAAAUUUUUGAAGAAGCUUAUAGACAAGAACUUUGUGGUCAAUUUGACGUGAGAGCUGAAUGGAACAUAUGAAGAACAAUCACUAUUUUCAAGAUUUGAAAAAAAAAAAAUAUAUUUUUUGUAUGACAUUUUUAUUUUUUAAGUGCAGCAUAACUGUUUACUGUUUAAAAGAAACACAGAAACCUCACUAAGGCAGAAGCUGCUUCUAAGCCUGAGGGUAAAAGACUAUUGCAAACAGUUAACUGAAUUUCUGUGAAGCUAUUUAAUAAUGGGAAAACCAUGAAACUUUCAGCUGAAAGUAUCAGGGAUAUAUAAAAACGUGAUGCAUAUCACUUAUUUAUCAACAAGAACUCUUUCAAAACAAUUACUUUUCUGGAAUACUUUUGUUUCUGAUGUUGUCCUCUAAAAGAGUUACACUGUCAAAAGACUGAGACAACUAGUGUUUAAUUAGUAGAUGGAUGUAAAGUCUUGAAUGUCUCUCCUGUAGCAUGAAAAUGGCUUUAAAGGGUUGCCUAUUAAUCCUUACUGCGUGUCUGGGAGAAGGGGGAGCGCACAGAGUGUGCAGGUUUUGGUCUGCCCUGCUCCUGAGGAGGA